GCUGGGAGCCCGGGCUGCUUGGAGGAGGAAGGGGCGGGAGCCGGGCAGGAAGGAGGAAGCGGCCGGUGGAGGAGGCGGCGGCGGCGGAGGAGGAGCCCGGGAGCUGGCGGCGGAGGCCGGGCCGUGGUGGCGCCGGCGCGGGCCGACGGAGACAGGCGGCCGCGGGCGAUGGCAGCAGCAGCGCGCAGGUGAAGCGCAGCGCCCCCACCCCAGCAUCCCGGAUGCCGCGCCCCGGGCCCUCCCGAUGGUUGAGGAUCGCGCCCCCGGCACAGACUGAGCCCCUUCUCCCCGCCGCCCCGGGGCCGGAGUCAGCAUGAAGAAAAUCAGCCUGAAGACCUUCCGCAAGUCUUUCAACUUGAGCACCAAGAGCAAGGACGAGGCGGACUUCAUGGUGGUGCAGCCGCCGGGGCUGGCGGCCGCGGCCGGGGCCUUCGGGACCAAGGACGAGCCGUCGCUCUUCGAGCUGGCGGGCUGCGAGCUCCCCCUGGCGGCGGCGGCCGAGGACGACAGGCUGGGCAAGGCGCGGCCGCCCAAGGCCGAGGGUCUGAUGGGCACGCUCAAGCGCCGCCUGUCGGCCAAGCAGAAGCAGAAGGCCAAGGGCGGCCCUGCCUCGUCGUCGUCCUCGUCGUCGGGGGCCCCGGACGACGACGCCUUCUCGUCGGCCUCGGCACCGCUGGCCUUCAAGGAGCCCCGGGCGCCGCGGCCCAUCCGCUCCACGUCGCUGCGCGCCCACCAUUACAGCCCCACGCCCUGGCCGCUGCGCCCCACGGCCUCGGAGGAGACAUGCAUCAAGGUGGAGGUGCGCGUCAAGGCCCUGGUGCACGCCCCGGGGCCCGGGCCGGCCCUCAACGGGGUCCGCAAGGACUUCCGCGAGCUGCAGGCCGAUCCCCCUGGGAACCCAGGCCCCGAUCCCGCCGGCCCCCGCAAGGGGGCGCCCUCGCCCUUGCCCGGCCCGGCCGCCGCCGAGCUGCACCUGCAGCUGGACGCGGAGCAGGUGCCCGCGGUGCCCGCGGUGCUCGGGCUGGUGCCUCAGGACUACAUCCAGUACACCGUGCCUUUGGACGGCGGGCUGUACCCGCUGGACGGCGCCUCGCCCAUGGAGGUCUCGGCUGGGCCGCCCCCCGGCAGGGGCACCCCCGAUCCCCCGCACCCCCCGCACCCGGGGGACCCCGAGCUGGUGGGAGCGCCCCCCGAGCUGUUCGGGGAGCCGCCGGGGCCCGGCCUGCUGCGGGGUCCCCCCGGGCUGGUCCUGCAGAGCCCCCCGGCCGGCCGCCCCCAGCCCCCGGACGCCGCGCCGCCCCCGCCGCUCUCACCGCUGCUACCUCCCCCGCGGGCCUCGUCGCCGCCGCCGCUGCUGCAGCGCCACCUGGCGGGCCUGGCGGGGCUGGCGGGGCCCGACGCGGGGCGCUGCCCGCUGGACCUGGACCCCGCCGGCCCCGGGCACCCCGGGGUGGCGCGGGUGUACGACUCGGUGCCGGGCGGGGGCGCUCUGGGCGGCAGCAGCCUGACGGAGGAGCUCAAGAAGCUGGCCCGGCAGGGCUGGUACUGGGGCCCCAUCACGCGUUGGGAGGCCGAGGGCAAGCUGGCCAGCGUGCCCGACGGCUCGUUCCUGGUGCGGGACAGCUCGGACGAGCGCUACCUGCUGAGCCUGAGCUUCCGCUCGCACGGCAAGACCCUGCACACCCGCAUCGAGCACUCCAACGGCCGCUUCAGCUUCUACGAGCAGCCCGACGUGGAGGGCCACACGUCCAUCGUGGACCUGAUCGAGCACUCGAUCCGGGACUCGGAGAACGGCGCCUUCUGCUACUCACGCUCGCGGCUGCCGGGCUCGGCCACCUACCCGGUGCGGCUCACGCACCCGGUGUCGCGCUUCAUGCAGGUGCGCUCGCUGCAGUACCUGUGCCGCUUCGUCAUCCGCCAGUACACGCGCAUCGACCUGAUCCAGACGCUGCCUUUGCCCACCAAGAUGAAGGAUUACCUGCAGGAGAAGCACUACUGAAGGGGGUGGGGGUGGGGAGGGGCGCCCCCACCUGCACCCCUCCCCAGAUCUCUAUCAUGCACACACACA